AUGGGGCCAGUUCGGUCACUGCGACGCACCAACCCGCUCACAAUCAUAGUGGGUGUGGUGUUGUGUAUAGUGAUUUUCAUCUUCAUACUCCAGCCCUCGAAUUCGGACCCGCCAGCAAGGAAGGCCGCCGCGGCAUCGAAUCCUCUAUCUCCACCUACAUCACCGUUUCGAAAACAGAACGAGCAGGCAAAUGGAAAACGAAUUCCUCCUCCGGUGGUGCAUUACCAUAUGAACAACCUCACAAGCUCCAGUGAUCCUGUUGGGAACCGGGAAACUGUCCUUAUCCUGACACCACUCGCCAAAUUUUACCAAGAGUAUUGGGAUAAUCUGCUGCGACUAUCAUAUCCCCAUGAACUCGUAACACUUGCGUUCAUAAUACCGAAGAAUCGAGAAGGAAAUGCUGCCACGGCGGCUCUGCAAGAGCAAAUCACCAAGACGCAGAAGUCUGGACCGGAAAAGAAGCGAUUUGCAAGUAUCAUCAUCGAGAGACAGGAUUUUGAGCCGCCAUUGGUUUCACAGACGGAGACGGAGCGGCAUAAGAUGGAGAACCAGAAGGCGCGACGUGCUGCCAUGUCAAGAGCGAGGAAUUCCCUUCUGUUCACCACUCUGGGGCCCUCCACCUCGUGGGUUCUGUGGCUGGAUGCGGAUAUCGUGGAGACCCCACCAACUUUAAUUCAAGAUCUUGCAGCACACAACAAACCGAUCAUUGUUCCAAACUGUUUCCAGCGAUUCACUGAUCCCAAGACGAGGAGACGUGCGGAACGACCUUAUGAUUUCAACAGUUGGCAAGAUAGUGAGACGGCACAGAAACUUGCAGAAGGGAUGGGUAAAGACGACAUUCUGUUGGAAGGGUAUGCACAAAUGGCUACAUAUCGAACAUUGAUGGCAUACAUGGCAGAAAACAAUGGGGACCUGAAGCAGGAGGUUGACCUAGAUGGUGUUGGAGGGACAGCGUUGUUGGUUAAGGCAGAGGUGCACCGAGAUGGGGCUAUGUUUCCACCUUUCCCCUUCUACAACUUGAUUGAGACGGAAGGAUUUGCGAAGAUGGCGAAGAGGCUAGGGUGGAGCUCAUUUGGGCUACCGAAUUACAAGGUGUACCAUUACAAUGAGUGA